AACUGUAACACACCUGCAGUGUCACAACAGCGAAAGGGAAAUCCGCGUCCUUUACGGGCAAAGACGACGCUUGGUCGAGCGGCGGACUGUGGGAGUGUCCGCGGGAGGACGGGAGCUCUUCACCCCCCGUCGUCAUGUUCGCCGCCUUCGCCAUCGUCGUCGUCGCGCUGGUUUCCCAAACGGCGGCUCGGUACUCCGCGGACUGGGCGAGUCUGGACGCCAGGCCGCUGCCCCCGUGGUACGACGAAGCCAAGGUGGGGGUCUUCGUCCACUGGGGGGUGUUUUCCGUCCCCGGGUUCGGCAGCGAGUGGUUCUGGUGGCACUGGCAGGGCCAGCAGCCCCCGGAGCAGAAGUGCGUGAGUUACAUGUCCAAGAACUACCCCCCCGGGUUCAGCUACCCGGAGUUCGCGCCCCGGUUUCACGCCGAGUUCUUCGCCCCGGAGGACUGGGCGGACGUGUUCAAGGCUUCCGGGGCAAAAUAUGUCGUCCUGACUGCCAAACACCACGAGGGAUUCACUAACUGGGGGUCCCCGUACUCGUGGAACUGGAACUCCGAGGACACUGGUCCUCACAGGGACCUGGUGGGGGACCUGGGGGAGGCCGUGCGCAACAGGUCCCUGCACUACGGAUUGUACAACUCCUUGUACGAGUGGUUCCACCCUCUCUACCUGGCUGACAAGAAGAAUGGAUUCCAAACCCAGAAGUUUGUGAUGCAUAAACUGCUACCAGAGCUUUACAACAUGGUCGUGAGGUACAGACCUGAGGUGAUCUGGUCCGAUGGGGACUGGGAGGCACCUGACACCUACUGGAACUCCACCGAGUUCCUGGCCUGGCUCUACAAUGACAGCCCUGUCAAAGAUACUGUUGUGACCAACGACAGAUGGGGAGCUGGAUGUGCGUGCAAACACGGCGGCUACUAUAACUGUGAAGACAAGUACACUCCAGGUCAGCUGCCCCAGCACAAAUGGGAGAAGUGCACGUCUGUGGACACGUUGUCCUGGGGUUACCGGCGAAAUAUGAAGCUGAGCGAGCUGAUGGACUUGCCCGCUAUCAUAGAGGAUCUGGUUGGCACUGUGGCUCUGGGAGGUAACUACCUUCUGAACGUGGGUCCCACACCUGAAGGGAUGAUCCCCGCAGUGUUUGAGGAGAGACUCAGGGGUGUUGGCGCCUGGCUGAAGUUGAACGGCGAGGCGAUAUACGCCUCCAAACCCUGGAGGGUCCAGGCCGAGAACACCACCGUCCCGGUCUGGUAUACAUCUAAAGGCAACGCCGUCUAUGCCAUCAUGACAGCCAGGCCUCCCAGGGUCACAUUGCAACUACUGGCACCCAAAACGUCAGCAGCUACUAAGGUGACCCUGUUGGGGAAUUCAAACCCCCUCCCAUGGGCCCCGGUCCAGCCCAGUGCUGGCCUUACUGUUCUGCUCCCUGAACUGCCCUCUUCCUCCGGUCAGGCCUGGACACUCAAACUGGACGGCAUCCAGUGAGCCUAAAACCCCCAACGUGUCCAAACCCAAUGAGGUCGACUGAUUUGUUCAUCUCUGCUUGUGAUGAUGUUUGCAGGAUAUUAAGGGACCGCGCAUCCGUGCUAAAAUGAAAAAUUCCUCUUAAAUCAUGUCCUUUAUAGCUCUGAGGAAUGCUAAUGACACAUUUCUAGUUUUAGAAACAAUCAAUUUUCCUAGAGGUAUGUUGAAAUUUUACCCCACUUUUUUUACUGAAUGCUUUUAAAAUGGUUGAAUAAAAGAUGAUUUUUCUGAUGAA